CCUUUGUAGUUUAUCAUUCUUUGGGCUGCGGUUGUCAAGGAUUCAGAGCCGAUGUGAUCUGCGCUAGGUGGCAUCUCCUCUCACGGAUGCCUCGAACAAAUUCAGCAGACCAUGUUUCAAGCCAUGAUGAUCUCUUCCCUGGAUGAUUAUCAUAGCAUCCCUCUCUGCCUCCAGUUAACCCCAAGGUCGUUGACACAGCAGCUAGAGUUAUGCUUUUGUAUUAAAUCCAUUGUUCAACUAGCUAUUACCUGAAGAAUCCAGGCGUGUUCCCACCUGCAAAAAUUUGCACUUGCAGUUACCUUUGCAUGGAACAGUCUUUCUCCAGAUAGCCAUGUGACUUGCUCCUCACUUUCUUCAGAUCUCGGGGUUUCCAGAAGAAAAGAUCAAGGGAGAAUUAUCAAGAAUAGAUUCUUUUUCGGAAUAGUUAAACCUUUGAUGGCCAUAACCUUGAUCCUUCAGACUGUAGAGAUGCAGGAAGGACUUCUGGCAGUGAAGGUAAAGGAGGAAGAGGAGGAACAUUCCUGUGGGCCAGAAUCAGGCCUGUCAAGAAAUAACCCUCAUACCAGAGAGAUCUUUCGUAGACGCUUCAGGCAGUUCUGCUAUCAGGAGUCCCCUGGGCCCCGGGAGGCUCUUCGAAGACUCCAGGAGCUCUGCCAUCAGUGGCUGAGACCAGAGAUGCACACCAAGGAGCAGAUCCUAGAGCUGCUGGUGCUGGAGCAGUUCCUGACUAUCCUGCCCGAGGAGCUCCAGGCCUGGGUCAGACAGCACCAUCCUGUGAGUGGAGAGGAGGCAGUGACUGUGCUGGAGGAUUUGGAGAGAGAGCUGGAUGAACCAGGAGAGCAGGUCCUGAGCCAUGCUCAUGAACAGGAAGAGUUUGUAAAGGAGAAGGCAACUCCAGGAGCAGCUCAGGAGUCAUCAAAUGACCAAUUCCAAACCUUGGAAGAGCAACUUCGGUAUAAUUUGCGAGAGGUGUGCCCAGUUCAGGAGAUUGAUGGCAAGGCUGGGACUUGGAAUGUGGAGUUAGCCCCAAAGAGGGAGAUUUCUCAGGAAGUGAAAUCUCUUAUACAAGUUCUUGGAAAACAGAAUGGUAAUAUUACUCAGAUUCCUGAGUAUGGAGAUACCUGUGACCGUGAGGGCAGAUUGGAAAAGCAAAGGGUGAGCUCUUCAGUGGAGAGACCCUAUAUCUGUAGUGAAUGUGGAAAAAGCUUCACCCAGAAUUCCAUCCUUAUCGAGCACCAGAGAACACACACAGGUGAGAAGCCUUAUGAAUGUGAUGAGUGUGGGCGGGCCUUCAGCCAGAGGUCAGGCCUAUUCCAGCACCAGAGACUCCACACUGGGGAGAAGCGCUACCAGUGCAGUGUUUGUGGCAAAGCCUUCAGCCAGAACGCCGGGCUUUUCCAUCACCUCAGAAUUCACACUGGGGAGAAGCCUUACCAGUGCAAUCAGUGCAAUAAGAGUUUUAGUCGACGUUCAGUCCUCAUUAAGCAUCAGAGAAUUCACACUGGAGAGAGACCUUAUGAAUGUGAAGAAUGUGGCAAGAACUUCAUUUACCAUUGCAACCUAAUCCAGCAUCGGAAAGUCCACCCUGUGGCUGAAUCAAGCUAGCUCCUUGAAAAGGUAGGGGAUAAUAUUUCUUACUUUGUCCCUGCUGUGCCUUCUAGCAUAGAAAAGUUCAAGGGAAAGCCAGUAAAAAUUCCCUUAUUUUUAUGCAGAGAGAAGCAUAAUAUCUUAAAUACAUCUGCCGAGUUCUCUGAUCAGUGACAUCCACAGCUUUGCGAUACUGAAUGUUGCCUCUUGUGUUGAUUUCUCAUGCAUGCUGUAGACCUAGUUUCACACCCAUCUGUGCAAGAAGUUUUCUAUUUCAGGAAAACUUCUUCAUCCUAGUUUUUAAAAACUUUAAAAAAAAGUUUACAAUAAUUAUAUGUAGGCUGAGUACAAAAUAAUCUCAAAUGCAGUUCACCGAGUAUUUAAAAAUUAACUUAAAAAUAAUUGUAAUAAAAUUCAUAAUAUAGGUUUCCUGACUUCUUUCCAUUCAUAUAAAAUAUGAUAAUUUUCUUUGUAACCUACAAAAAGGGGCAGAUGAAUCCUCCUAUAUAAAUGUAGAUUUAUAGUAAGUUAGAUCUCUGUAGAUUUUUUAGUAAGUUAGCCUUUAGGAACCAAGGAAUUGAAGCAGCCAUAUGUUAUUAGCAGCUCAGUGGCUCUUCAUAACAAAUAUUGCUCAUGAUUUUAAAUUUACGCAGAGGCUAAGAAACUUAGCUAAAAAUCUGAUAUCUUGCCUCAGAUUUCUUAUUGGAAAAUAUAGGCCUCUUUGUAUUUUUCCCGUAACAUAUAAUGAGCAUUUUUUUGUUUUUGCCUUUUUCUCCUUUAUUCAAUAUUUUGUAUGGAAAAUUUGAAACCUAUUCAAGAUUGAAGAGAAGAGUAUGAUCACUCUUUCAUGCUGAUUGUUUUUAUAACCUCCACAUUUCUCAGCAUUUACUAUUGAUUACCACCAAGAUCAUAAAUAAAAAAAUUUAUUUCCCUUAACAUUGACUUAGUAACUCUAUACAAAGCUUUACACAAGGUCCAGGAGACAAAGAAAUGGAAAACCUAUGGUGAAAACAAUCUGGUUUGGAAUACACCCAAAUACCCAAUACAUAGCAAAUAACUUAAGAAUAACAGAAUCACUCUAAGGGACCCCUUAGAGAUCACUUCUGCUUGCUCUUAUUUGACAGGUAAGAGAAAAGGAAGUUCUGGGAAGUAACUAAGAUCAUAGAGCCAGUUAAAAGCAGAGCUGGAACUAGAACCCUGUCUCCUAGUUCCUAGUGUAACACUCUAUUAAGCCACUGGGGGCAUUAUAUCACCAAUUAAAAAUAACAAGUAUAUGGAAUUUAUAGGAUUUAUAAGUCACUGAAGUUGCUCAACGAACCCGCCUAUUUAUAUGUUUCAAUAAAUGCACAACUCCUCUAUUUAAUUUACAGUGGAGUCCAGGAAAGACUCUUCUCAUUUAUUCCUCAUUGAAAGCAUUUUAUUUAUUUUUGUAAUUAUUAUUUUUAGCUUUUAAAAUUUAAUUUACUUAGUAGGACUUUUUUUAAAAGAUAAUUCAUUUUUCACCUGGUUCAAAAAUCAAAAUAAUACAAAAAGGUCUACUUUCCCUUUAUAAGUAGCCAUUGUACUAGUUUCUUAUUAUCUUUCAGUGUCUCUUUAUGUAAAUAUAGGCGAAUAUGAAUGUAUAAUCUUAUUUCUUCCAUUACUCAGGAAGAUGGCAUAUUAUUUAUACCCUUCUAAUACCUUGCUGUUUUCAUGAAAGAAUAUAAUCUUUAGAGAUGUCCACAUCAUAACAUAGAAAUUCUUCAUUCUUUUUAUAAGUGAAUAGAAUUUUAUUUGUUCAUACUCCAUAUAUUUAACAAACUCCUAUAGAUGAAAAAACUCACUAUUUUAAAAUGUUACAUAUUCUGUUUCAUUCUUCUCCCCAGUUUAGUCCAAGUUAAGUUCCUUCUGUUCAAAAGCUAACAGCUUUCAUAUGAGCUAGGAAACAAGGCGUGGGCAACCAGAAUUACACGUAAUUCUUCUACAGAGAAAUGGAGAAGUGAUGGGUGGUAUUUUUCAGUUUAGUGUAUUUAGUUCUAUCACUUAUUCUUACACCUUACAUUUCAAACUGUUUAUGUCACUACUUAAGGCUUAUUGUGGGUAUUAUAAAAAAUCUUAUAUUUCCUCAAGAGUAUUUUUUAUUGUGUCUUGAGGUUAAAUUAUUUCCAAGAUAAAUAGCUACAGAUUUUUGAGUGAAUUUAAGAAAAAUAUAGUAGACUCGAGUUUGAAGUAAAAUCAACUUCUUAAGUAAAUUUGUAUUCCAUAAAGUGAUGUAAUACAUAUUCUAUAGUAUUCUGAGUUUAUAAAUAUCUUAAAUGCCUCUCCAUUUAAGAUAAUGAGAAAAGUGAAGUCCAAAGUGCUUAAGCACUUGUAGUAAUCUUUCUGUCUUUUAUUGCCUUAAAAAUUUUGUAAAGGAAACCAACUAUGAACAGAGAUAAUUGUGAAUUAUAUAUGGUUUCAUAGACACUUACACUUGGAGCCCUGAGACCCAUUGUAGGCAUCUGCAAACAACAGCAACAACAAAGUGGGAUGGAAAGAAAAAAGAGCAAAAUAUGAGAACAUAAAAAAGAAUCAGACAGAAGGUAAAAUUAGAUGCUAAAACUCUAGAUUGGGCAAAAAAUGGUGACCAAAGGAAAAAUAAAAAGAUAGAUGCAGAGACAGAGUGUUGCCAAGAAACAUGCUUCAUCUUCAUGAUAAUUAUUAGAAAUCUCUCUUAUUUAUCAACUGGUCCAAGUUUUUAGAUACUAUUGUCUUAAGCAGUGAAAAUAAUCUCACUGCCUUUUACUCCUCACACUUUUUAUUACUUUCCAUAAAAUGGAGGACAGGGAGAAAAGCAUAGUCUAUAAACCACUGUUAUUUUUAGAUCUCCUUGAACCUAUCCCCAGUUUUCUAUGCCAACUGCCAAUGGGCAGUGUUGAAAGCACUAUUUCUUGAUGAUACCUGCACUAGAAUCACCUGGGUUGUUUGUUUGAACUGCAGUUUUCUGAGCCCCACCCCAGACCUACUGAAUCAGUUUCUGAGGCAGAGCCUGAAAAUCUGUAUCUAAUUAGCAUAUUAGUGGUCCACACACAUAAGGUAACUAUAUAAUUUAUUGUCCAAUCUGGGACACUUGAAAAGGAGUGCUGUUAAUAAUUACACCAAGACAACAGGUGUAAACCAGGAGGUAUGGUCCCCAUACUAAUAAUUUUUGCAAUAGGCAGUAUUUUUUCAACCAAGCAUAUAGAAGAGACAGAGAAUCAGAAAGAUUACAAUGUACUGUCAUGAAAGCUAAGGCAGAAUAUAUAUGAAAAAGGCUGUUGGAGACUUAGGUGUAGCCACCUAGCCUAAGGUAACCCCCAGUAAUAGAUCUAUUGGAUUAGGAAAGAAAGGAUGGGAUAAUAUGUCUGCACGAACAAAAGAGAGGGCCCCCCUUUCCGCCCCUAAUUAAGACAAACCCAUUGUUAACAUAACUAGUUACCUAAGAUUAACCUAUUGAGUGAAUGGUUUGCCAGACAAGAUGGACAACAUCCUGGAAGCACAGGAGUGUUUCAGUGGUAUAGGAGCCGAUGGAGUACAGUGUUCAACCUUAUACUGUAGAAGAAAGUGAGAAGAUAGAGUACUGGAUCAGAGCUUGCAGUGUUAAGGCAAACAGUGAGCCAUUUUAAGCAGGUAGUCAGGUGAAGGGGAAGAGAGCAGAUAUUGGACCAAGUAGUUUCAUAAUUUAUCACAUUCACUCCACAUCAUUUGUUGGCUGUGGAGAGGAGUCCUCUUGCCACUUGAUGGUACCAAAGACAGCUGACCCUGCCUUAAGUGUGUCAAUAGAUCUUCAUAGCUAUUCAGCAAUUGCCUCAAGAUCAUUGACUGCAGGGGUGGGGGUGGUGGUGGCCUCCCCUCAUCACCCCUGACUUCUGCUAAUUCAUUGUAGAGGGGUAUGUAGUCAGGGAUCUAUAAGCCCCAAACUUGCUAGUGGUUAAGUUACUCGGGGGGACCUGAUUUAUUUAAGCAGGUUUAAAACAAUGGAGAGCAAGCCAACAUCUUCCCCGUUUUCCUCAGGUGGGUGUUGAUUAUUGCAUUUGACCCUUGGGGGCAGAGUGAAGGUAACUGGACAAUUUGUGUGGUACAGAUAAUACUAGACCCGGGGUUGGUUGGUUGGUUGGUUUUUUUGUUUGGAAAGCCCUUUAUCUUCUGAGAGACAUGACCAGGGCUGUGGGAGGAGCUCUGAGUGUGUCUGUGCCUAGACUCCUACACCCCCAUCAGCCAUCCCAGGAGCUUGGUUGGGCUCUGAGGUGCUCGUUGGGGCCGAAUUGAGGAAUCUCCCUGAGGAUAGAGGGAAAGACCCUGAUGCCUGAGCCCCGGAGGACCGGGGACCUAGGGAACGGAGGACGCGGCAGGAUCCAGUGCGAGCAGUCAAGUGUCUUCAGCAGGGGAGAGAGAGAAGUCAGCCCAGACUGAGUGGCUGCUGGACACAAGAGGUUACGACCCCUGUCGGCCUCAGCCUUUUUGAGGCGGUUUCUGCGCUUACAAAGGCGAGCCAGGUGGUGUGCACAAAUGAACCACUGAGAUUGAUGGGUCCUCCAAGAAUCCUAGAGAGGCGGCAGAGGAGCCAGCCGAAGUGCGUCCUUUCUCCUAGAGAAGUGUUCAGGUUUUAGUGUCCGGGGACUGUGUGUGUAGGCAGUGUCCUGGUCUCUUCUACCCAUGCAAGAUGCUUUAUACUUUCUCAGCGAUCCAGAGAUCACGGUACUCGGAGGGGGUGCUGUUGCCCCCUUUUCCAGGGCUCGCUCGAGUUCCCCUCUUUUACGUAGAUCUCUCAGGAUCAGGAUUUUGUGUUUUGUGUCGGCUCCAUCAGACAUUUCAGAGAUGCAGAGAACUGAACAAAGCGCUGUACAGAGCUGGGUCUGUAUGGAUCAGCCCCUUCUGAGAUGAGGGCACAGACUUACCAGCAAGGAGGCCUCACCGGAAUCCAUCAGCUGACAAGUCCUUAUGGCCAAAAGCUGGCUUCCGUAUACGUUUUCUGAAUCCUACGGCCAUUUUAACCUGAACAGUUUUUUCAGAGUUUUCAUAAAAAUCCCCUAUACUAAUGGCCACGAUAUUGUAUAUCCGUAAAGGCUUAGUACGUAAAGAAAAAUACUUUACAUGAUCCCCACAAUUCUGCAAAACAGAAGGAAGUGGUACGUGAAUUUCUCUGGGUAAGAAAACAUUCAGAAGUUAGAACAUUCAAGCAAGCAUUUAUUGAGUGCCACAUAAUAGGCCAGGCUUUAUGUUGCAAAAAUGAGAAUAAGCCAGAUAAAAGGUAUUUCUUACUGUAUAGUGUAAUGGGAAAGACAUGUUGCCUUGAGGAAAAUAAACUUCGUACAUAGGGACUUUGGAGGUGGAACGUUAAAGAUAACUUCCCUGAGUAGGCAAUAGCAGAACUGUCUCUGUGGACUCUCACAAGAUGGAUAGCAAAGAGGAAAUGGACCUUAAGGGAUAGUUAUAUGUGAAGGAGGGAUCAGAAAACCAUUUCAGAAAACCGCAAGUAAAUGAAGGUGGGUGCAUUCCAGCCUGGGCAACAAGAGUGGCAGAGGUGGGGCAAAGAGAGUACAGAGUAACUGAAAUAUGCUGAGGAAUUUAAAGUUUAUAGGGCGGUGUGCUUUUCCAUUUUCUUAAUGUCACAGCACAUAAAGAAAAUUUGUAUGCACACUUCCUGGCCACCCCGGUAGCUGAAGAGAUCAGUAUGCUGGUACUCCUGUAAGCCAUUUGAAGCACCCAGUAAACUGUGGCAAUUCACAGUAGUUGGGCAGUUAUAUGCUCUGUCUGGAUUUAAGCAGAGGAGUAAUGUAAUCUUACUAGCUUUCUGGAAAUAUUCUAGAAGUGGUGUGGUGAAUGAAUUGGAAGGGGGCAAAACUGAAAGCAAGAGAGACAAGAGACUUGUAGUUGUUGAAGAAAGAACCAAAACCAUAAGUUCGUGAAAGUAAGUCACUGGCUAUAGAAAUAAAGAGGGCACCAAGUGGAACUGUGUUAAAGAUUACAGAUUUAACUAGAACUGAUAACUAAUUAGAUUGAUGAAAGUGAGAAAGAAAAGGUACUGAGAGCACUGCCUGUCACACACUAAGUGUACUCUUUAAAUAAAAUAAAUGUAGCCAGGGAUAAAUAGGCAGGUUUUUGGAUUAAAUUAUUAGGAAAGUGUGGCAGAAUUUUAUAAGAGAUGGCUAAUAUUGGAGAAUAAAUUGGUCACAAGGGGAAAAUGAUGAAUUUUUGGUGGUGAGUUGAAGAUGCUUGUAAGACAUACAAGUGAAAGGGUCUAAUGCACCACUGGACUGUAAGGGCCUGGAGCUCCAAAGAAAGAUUGGUAUGAGAGAAUCAGGCUUAGGAGUUUUCAGGUGAAAGCUGAUGUCAUCGAAUGGUUGAGAUUGCCCAGAAUUAAUAUGGGAUGAGAAUAAGGCUGGAUUUCAAUUUAGGAUACUAAACAUUUUUUUUUUUUUUGACGGAGUUUUGAUCUUGUUGCCCAUGCUGGAGUGCAAUGGCUCGACCUCAGCUCACCACAACCUCCGCCUCCCGGGUUCAAGCAAUUCUCCUGCCUCAGCCUCCCAAAUAGCUAGGAUUACAGGCAUGUGCCACCACGCCCAGCUAAUUUUGUAUUUUUAGUAGAGAUGGGGUUUCUCCAUGUUGGUCAAGCUGGUGUCAAACUCCUGACCUCAGGUGAUCCGCCCACCUUAGCCUCCCAAAGUGUUGGGAUUACAGGCGUGAGCCACCGUGCCCAGCUUGAUACUAGACAUUUUUGACAGACAGAAUAAGAGCCACGAAGUAGACUAAAUAAUAGUCAUUAGAAACAUAUUUAACAGGUACUUAUAUAAUACAGUCAUGUGCCACAUAGCGAUGUUUCAGUCAACAGCAGACCACGUGUACAAUAAUAGUUCCAUAAGAUUAUAAUAACAUAUUUUUACUGUACCUUUUCUGUGUUUAGAUAUGUUUAGAUAUAAAAAUACUUGGCUUUGUAUUAUAGCUGCCUACAAUAUUCAAUACAGAAACGUGCUGUACAGGUUUGUAGUCUAGGAGCAUUAGGUUAUACACUAUAGCCUAGGUGUGUAGUAGGCUCUACCAUCUAGGUUUGUGGAAGUACAGUCUGUGAUAUUCUCACAGUGAUGAAAUCGCCUAAAGACACAUUUCUCAGAACAUAACCAUGUGAUUAAGCAAUGCAUAACUGUUCUUCCUGAGUGCCAAGCAUUAGGCUAAACGCCACAAAAACCAACUUAUGGAAAAACAACCAGAAGAGUAUAGUAUUUCUUAGAAGAUUGGGAGUAGUUAGCAGUGUUAGGUGCUGCAGGGGCAUCUGGUAGGAAAAGGACUGAAAAAUACCCACUGGAUUUGUGUACCAAGGAGGCCCUGUUUGUUUAACUUGGGACUGAUAAGUCAGAUGUGAGGUCCCCUGACUGACAUGCACACUAUUCUAAAAUUAAAAAUACUUUUGGGCCAGGCGCGGUGGCUCAUGCCUGUAAUCCCAGCACUUUGGGAGGCCAAGGCGGGUGGAUCACCUGAGAUCAGGAGUUUGAGACCAGCCUGACCAACAAGGUGAAACCCCGUCUCUACUAAAAAUACAAAAUUAGCUGAGUGUGGUGGCACAUGCCUGUAAUCUCAGCUACUUGGGAGGCCUGAACCUGGGAGGCAGAGGCUGCAGUGAGCCGAGAUCGUGCCAUUGCAUUCCAGCCUGGACAAUGAGAGAAAAACUCUGUCUCCAAACAAACAAACAAACUUUUGAAAUCAUCUAGCACAAUUCUUGGCACAGAGAAGUUGACUUAUACAGGCAUAUGUCAUUUUACUUGCACUUUGCUUUAUUGCACUUCACAGAUACUGUGUUUUCUGCAAAUUGAAAGUUUGUGGCAACCCUGCAUCAAGCAAGUCUGUCAACACCAUUUUUCCAACAUCAUGUGCACACUUCAUGUUUCUGUGUCACAUUUUGGCCUCCCUAUUCCCUGAGACACAACAGUGUUGAAAUGAAACCAGUUAAUACUAUAGUGGCCUCUCAGUGUUCACGUGAAAGGAAGAGUCUCACAUCUCUCUCUUUAAAUCAAAAGCUAGAAAUGAUUAAGCUUAGUGAGGAAGACAUGUUGAAAGCUGAGACAGGUUGAAAGCUAGGCCUCUUGUACCAAACAGCCAGUUGUGAAUGCAAAGGAAAAGUUCUUGAAGGAAGUUAAAGCCACUCCACUGAACACAUGAGUGAUAAGAAAGCAAAACAGCUUUAUUGCUGAUACGGAGAAAGUUUGAGUGAUCUGGAAAGAAGAUCAAACCAGCCACAACAUGCCUUUAAGCCACAGCCUAAUCCACAGCAGGGUCCUAACUUUCUUCAAUUCUGUGACAGCUGAGAGAGAUGAGGAAGCUGCAGAAGAAAAGUUAGAAGCUAGCAGAGGUUGGUGCAUGAGGUUUAAGGAAAGAAGCUGUCUCCACAACACAACAGUGCAAAGUGAAGCAGCAAAUGUUGAUGUAGACACUGCAGCAAGUUAUUCAGAAAACCUAGCUAAGAUAGUAGAUGAAGGUGGCUAUACUAAACAACAUAUUUUUAAUGUAGAUGAAACACUUUAUAUUGGAAGAAGAUACCAUCUUGGACUUCCAUAACUAGAGAGAAGUCAGUGCCUGGCUUCAAAGGACAGUCUGACUUUCUUGAUAGGAGCUAAUGGAGCUGGUGAUUUGAAGUUGAAGCCAAUGCUCAUUUACUAAGCUGAAAAUCCUAGAGUCCUUAAGGAUCAUGCUGGCUGGGCAUGCUGUAAUCCUAGCACAUUGAGAGGCCAAGUCAGGAGGAUUGCUGAGCCCAGGAGUUUGAGACCAGCCUAGGCAACAUGGAAAAACCCUGUCUCUACAAAAAAAUACAAAAAUUAGCUGGGUGUAGUGGCACACACCCGUGGUCCCAGCUACUAGGGAGGCUAAGGUGGGUAGAUUGCUUGAGCCUGGUAAGUAGAGGUUGCAGUGAGCCAAUAUUGUGCCACUGCACUCCAGCCUGGGUAACAGAGAAAGACCCUGUCUCAAACACACAAACAAAAAGAAUCAUGCUAAAUCUACUCUGCCUGUGCUCUAGAAAUGGAACAACAAAGCCUGGAUGAUAGCACAUUUAUUUACAGCAUGGUUUACUGAAUAUUUUAAGCCCACUGUUGAGACCUACUGCUCAGAAGAAAAAAAGAUUCCUUUCGAAAUAUUACUGCUCAUUGACAAUGCACCGAGUCACUGAAGAGCUCUGAGGGAGAUAUGCAAAAAGGUUAAUAUUGUUUUCAUGCCUGCUAACACAGCUAACCAUUCCACAGCCCACAGAUCAAGGAGUAAUUUCAACUUUCAAGUCUUAUUAUUUAAGAAAUACAUUUUGUAAGGGUAUAGCUGCCAUAGAUAGUGAUUCCUCUGAUGGAUCUGAGCAAAGUAAAUUGAAAACCUUCUGGAGAGGAUUCACAUUCUAGAUGCAAUUAAGAACAUUUGUGAUUCAUGGGAGGAGAUCAAAAUAUCAACAUGAACAGGAGUUUGGAAGAAGUUGAUUCCCAUCCUCAUGGAUGACUUUAACAGGUUCAAGACUUCAGUGGAGGAAAUAACUGUAGAUAUAGUGGAAAUAGCAAGAGAACUAGAAUUAGAAGUGUAGCCUGAAGACGAGACAGAAUUGCUGCAUUCUUAUGAUAAAAUUUGAAUGGAUGAGAAGUUGCUUCUUAUGGAUGAGUAAAGACAGUGGUUUCUUGGGAUGAAAUCUACUCCUGGGGAAGAUGCUGUGAAAUUGUUGAAAUAACAGCAAAGAAUUUAGAAUGUCACAUAAACUUAACUGAUAAGGCAGUGGCAGAGUUUGAGAGGAUUGACUCCAAUUUUGAGAGUUCUGUGGGUAAAAUGCUAUUAAACAGCAUCACAUGCCACAGAGAAAUAGUUCAUGAAAGGAAGAAUCAACUGAUGCAGCAAACUUCAGUGUUGUCAUGCUUUAAGAAAUUGCCACAGCCACCUGAGCCUUCAGCAGUUAUCACCCUAAUCAGCCAUGAGUCAGCAGACAUCAAGCCAUUCACUCUGAGUAAAUAUGUUCCAGUUUGGAGUUGAUCUUAACAAUGAUGUGUUAUGCCUUAGCAUCAGCCUGAAGCAUACGCACUGCUGCAGUGAGCCAGUCUUCUGGGCUGUUUCACCCAGGAAUGCAUUCAGACCAACUGCAGAAGAACAAAAGAAGUGUCAAAUAGUUAAAGAAUCUAGCCUGCACAGAAAGGGAGCUUCUGGUCAGGAGUUCUUCAGAGAGGAUACGGUGGGUAUUUACUUGGGCCUCAAGGGUCCAGCUUCAGGUUCUUUGCCAUCAGUGGUGGAGACCAGCGAUACACAGCAAGGAACACAUCUUGGAACUACUGAUCCUGACCAUUCUACCCAAGAACUCCAGGCCUGGGUAUAGGAGCAUCCCAGAGUAUAGGGAAGAGGCUGUCUGUACUGAAGAACUUGGAGAGGAAGCUGAAUGAUCUGGGAGGAAAGGUAAAAUGAAGAAAUGUCUUAUCAGAUAGCAGGUAUUAUCUCCAGAGAGAGAUAAGAGAGUUGACAUAACUUCUCUAGGGUAGUUAGAGAAAAUGGCUAACAUGUUAUUGGCCAGAGUUAUUUAUUUUUGUUCUAGUUUGGUGAGUUUUUUUAACUUGUAGGCCCUGUAUAUUUUCCCCUCUUUGUCCGUUUAUCCCUGCCCUUGCAGAUAACGGAAAACUGCUUUCUGCCCUCCCAUGGUGUGUUCCACAGUAAUAAUGGGAUUUUAAGCUCUAACUUUCAGCAAAUGUCACCCUCAUUAAAAUCCAUCUAAUUGUCCCCAGUUCCCCACCCUCCUACAGGGGACAAGAAGUGUCCCAACGCAAAUAGUGUAUCUGGCAGCCUCAUAGGACUCACCUGGAGUCCGGCUCUAGCCAGUAAAGGGUCAGCUCAGCUCUGAAUGUUGGGAGUUUCACACUGUUAAGGAGAACGCUGAGGAGGAGAUAGCAAAGAAGAAGUUAGGAAAUGUUGGUGUCUUUUUGCAUUUUUCCAAAUGAACCUCGUCACUAAAAUCUCUGCAUACCUUUCAUCUAUUGCCUAUUCCACUUUUAACGUGUUCCUCUAAGCAUACCACUUUAACCUGGAUUAUGAUUCUUUUCUUUCUUCACUUCUUUGCCUUAAAAUUGUUUUUUUAAAAAAAUCCUGCUACUCACGUUACCUUGCAUGGUUCAGUUUCUCCCUUCUAAUACUGCCAACUUCCUUAACCCAGACCUCUUAUCGCAAAGACAGGAGAAUGUUUUUCUAUAAUGAAGCCAAUAGAAAACUACUAAAAGGCUACAUGCAAUAAGUAAAUUUUUAAAUGUACAUUUUUUAAAUGAGUGUAGGAAACAUAAAACUUUAGUAGGUGCAUGCUUACUGGGAAAGCAUGCAUACAUGCUAAAAUGUCAUUAUCCUGUACAUAUUGUUUACCACUUGUUUUUUAGUUUAAUAUUACAUUACGGAUAUCUUUUCAAGUUACAUAUAAUACCUAUAUGUAGCUGACAUACAUUUCACUGCAAGGGUAUUGAAUUAUUUUGUAACUGGCCUUAGAGGGUUUUUACAUUGCUGCUUUUUUCUUUUUUUAAAUGCUACCAACUAAAAGCCAUAAACUCUUUUCUUUUUCUUUUUUUCUUCACUCUGUACUAUGAAAAAAGUUUAAGCAUAUAUAAAAGUACAAUUGUACUACUUUUAAUAAAUCCCCAAGAACCUCUCACCCAGCUUCAACAUUAUCAGAUUAUGGCCAAUCUUGUUUCACUUACAACUCUACUCAUAUCCCAUGUUUUUUAUAAUUUUAAAGCAUAUCUGAGCUAGCAUAGUAUUUCAAAUGUAAAUAUUUCAAUAUUUGCUGUAAAAGAUACGAAUUUUAAAAAUGUAAACAUAAUACUAUUUUCAUACCUAAACAAUUAACAGUAAUUCCUUAAUAUCAAUUUUCCAGUUUUCUCAAAGAUGUCAUAAACUUUUUGUUCAUUUUGUUUUUUAACUUAUUUGAAUCAAGAUCCAAGGAAGAAAACACAUUGUGAUGGGUUGAUAUGUCUCCUAAGUUUCUUUUAAUAUAUGGGUACCCUCUCCUGUUUUCUCUUCCAACUCACUUGUUAAAGAAAAUGAAGUUGUUUGUCCUGCAGAGUUGCACACAGCAUGGGUUUUGCUGUCUGCAUUAUGUGCUAUAGUCUAAGAUGUUCUGUUGUCCUCUGUAUUUUCUGUAAAUUGUAGUAACAUACAGGCUUGAUUAAAAUCAAGUUUUAAGUUUUUUUGACCAGAUAAAUUUAAUGAUUUUGGCAAGAUGGUGUGUUCUAUUUGAAGCCUAUUAUUUUCUGUUUGUCUCUUUUUCUGUGGUGUUAGCAGCUAAUUGAUCCUCAAUACCUGUAGCCAAUAAUCCAUUAGGGGUCCCAAAAUGGUGACAUUCUAAUUGUAGCCUUCUUUCUUCAUUUAAUAAAGCUGGAAUAGUUAUAUAAAGAGACAUUUCCCCUGAUUUUCUGUUUGGUUAUUCAAUGGUUUGUUUAGGAAAGGCAAGAUAAUUGCUUAAGUCACUCCCCACUACUUUGCUUUUUAAAUCAGUUUUCAAAACAAUGAAUUAGUUUGUAGUCAUCCUUUAAAACAGUGACCAGUUGUUAGUAAUAGUAUCAUUAGGAACUUUUGGAUUGAAGCAUUAUUUGUUGUUUUUCAGUCCAUAAUACUAUCCCUACUAAAGCUCAUUUGUCUCCUCUUUGAGCAGUAGAAACCUUUUCAGUUUGUCUUUUUUUUGUUGUUGUUGUUGUUGUUGUUGUUUCCUUUUUCUGGAGAACGGGGUCUCGCUAUAUUGCCCAGGCAGGUCUUGCACUCCUGGGCUCAAGCUAUCCUCCUGCCUCUUGCCUCCCUGAGAGCUGGGAUUACAGGCGUGAGCCACCGUGCCCGGCCAGACCUUUUCAGUUUGGCAUGUGAAUCCUUAUGACAUGAACCUAGUCAUCUUUGAUAGUUUUCUUGCUGACCUGUAUGAUAAGAUGUACCAGGCCCAUCUUAUAGUUUUCCUUACAUAGUCCUAGAAUUAAUACUUUUUCCAAGGACCCCCGAUUCUGCCUAAUGGGAAAUGGUAUUUCAAAACCAAAAAUAGGGCAUUAGGAGUGCUUAUGGCUUAGUUAUUGGUCCUAGGCCUUUCCAGUACUCAGAGUUAGGAAAAAAUUUAAAAGAAAGUGUGUAUCAUGAGUUCACAUUGAUAGUUCUAAUUCACAUUUACUACUUCAGGGUCUUAAUCUCUUAUCUUCAUCUGUAUCUCCUUUUAGAGGAUUCUCAAAGACACCAGGAAUGAUAGAACAUCAAAUAAUUACUCAUUUGCUGUCCCACAAUAUAUACACAAUAGCCUCAUAAUAAAAAACAUCAGCAUUACCCACAAAUAUGAUUACUGUAAAUAGCUUAAUGGUGGUGUGUGUGUGUACACACAUGUUUUCUAUUCUUUUUGUUCUUAAGAUAUAUCUCACUUGGGCUAUACAAAAAAAAAAUUUACUGCUUUAAGGACAUAUGAAAUAAUUACUCUUUUAUAUGGUUAUGCCACUAGUGGAUAUACACAUAAGUUCCUUCUGUUAUCUCGUUCUUCUGGCAUGUAGUUCUAAAAAGUGCUUAUUUCGUGAGCAAGUGAUUAAGUAAAGUAUAUGUGAAUGAGUGAAUUAUGCUGACAUUUUCAGUCUCUUCUUUCAGAUGAUUUGAUCAAAAUGAAGAAUGAGAAUGUUCUUCCCAAACAAAAGAAAUGAAAUAACAUGCCAACAGGAAAACACUGUCAGAUUUGAUGGCAGUAUUCCUGAGAACUUUGUGUAGAUGUCCAAAUGUAUGAGGAAAGACUAGGAAAAUAUCCAGAAAAUACCACAGUGAUGAAUGUGGAAUAAUUUUUGCUCAGAACUCUGUCCUACUUCAGCAUCAGAAAUUCACACUGGUGAGGAUUCCUAUGAAUGUAACAAGUAUGGGAAAGCCUUUACUCAGGAGUGUAGGCUUCAUGCAAAUAAGAGAAUUCACACUGGAGUUAGAUAUAUAAAUGAGAAGAAUAUGGGAAAGCUUUCAGUGCAAACACUGGACUCAUUCAUCAUAAGAGAAUCCAUACUGGAGAGAGACCCUAUAAUAAAUGUGACAAGUGCAACAAAGCCUUUGGCCAGUGGUCAGUCCUCAACCAGCACCAGAGGCUUCACACCAGAGAGAUAUGUUACUACCAGUGUAACAAGUGUGGUAAAGUUCACGUCAGAAUUCAGCUUUUUCAUCAUAUCAGAAUCCAUAUUGGAGAGAAACCCUUUCAUUGUAAUCAGUAUAGUAAAAUUUCUCUUUAACGUUCAUUCCUUAUUCAACACCAGAGAAUCCACUCAAAAGAGAACUUAGGAAGUUGAUAAAUAUGGAUGGAAAAGGCUUUGCAUAAUAGCUUCUCACCUGACAUUGAAAUUUUGUGAGUGUCCAGCAUCUGAAAUUGGAAAGGCAGAAUUUCUUCCCACCAGACCUUGAACUUGGUUUGGAUGAGAACUGGCCCUUCAAAUGGUCCCCACCAAAAUCCUGUCAUUUAACAGAACAAGCCAUUUACUUUUCCCCUAACCGCUAAUCAAAUAAAACACUUCUGUGAUUCAAAGAGUGGCCUGUGGACCACCAGUUCAGUUUCCAGAUGUUUUACUAGUUGUUCCAAAAUACAGUUCUCACAAAAGCUUAGACUGUUAUUUAAUAAUACUUUUUAGUGAAAACUUAAGUUGUACAUAAAAUACAAAUAAGAAUAUUAGAUGAUUAAUGUAUUUUAAAUGUAGCUGCCGUGGUGAUAAUUUGUCAAGUCAAACAUGUUCAGCAUCCUUUUAGGGACAGCACAGUGAAUUCUUGGGCCUUCCAUUCCUACCUAAGUUCUGAUGUAUAAUAUGUACCUCCCAGCCAAGACUCCAAACAAGAAAGAUGCUUUUUUUUUCCUCUCUCUCUCUGUCUUAGAGACAGGAUCUUGUUAUGUCACCCAGGCUACAGUGCAGUGGUACAAUCAUAUAGCUCACUGUAACCUCGAACUCCUGAGCUCAAGCAGUUCUCCUACCUCAGCCUCUUGAAUAGGUAGGACUACAAGUGUAUGCUAACAUGCCCAGCUAAUUUUUAAAAAUUUUUUGUAGAUGGAAACUCACUGUGUUGCCCAGGCUGGUCUUGAACUCCUGGCCUCAAGCAAUCCUCUCACCUCAGCCUCCCAAAGCGCUGGUAUUAUAGGCAUGAGUCACUGCACCUAGCUGCAUCUUUUUUUUUUUUUUAAUAGAGGUGUGUUAAUUUUAAUUUGCAUUAGGAAAACAUUGGAGAUAACCCAAGCUGGUCUUCAAAGGAAGGGAAUAAGCAGACUCAGAUUUUGUUUAUGGGCCAGGCAGGUAAAUGAGUAAAGUAGUCCUAGAGUCAAAAAAAAGUGAAAACAAAACAAGUUGUAUUGAUUUAUUAUUAUUAUUAAUACAUUUUAUUAGGGGUUCAGGAAAAUUGCCAAAAUCCUCUUUAUUGAUUUUGAGUUCUACUGCAGGAGAAAGAUGAUCAAGUUAAUUGUUCAUUUUGACCACCAUAAAUAUAAUGAUCUUUUUAUACUUUUGAGUAUAGUGUAGAAAAUCAUACUAAGUUUUACUGCUGAAUCAUUUAAAUAAUCAACUAAUAGUCUUUGAACCAUCAUUAAUUUUAAUACCAGUCUGUAAGUUAUGUCGUAUGUAUCCAGAUGUGGUGGCUCAUGCCUGUAAUCCCAGCUACUUAGAAGGCUGAUGUGGGAGGGUCGCUUAAGGUCAGGAGUUAGAGGCUGCGGUGAGCUACAUUUGUGCUGCUGCACUCCAGCCUGGGUGACAGAGUGAGAUCCUGUAUCUAAAAAUAAAUAAAUAAAUUGGCCGGGCGUGGUGGCUUAUGCCUGUAAUCCCAGCACUUUGGGAGGCCAAGGCAGGCAGAUCACAAAGUCAGGAGAUCGAGACGAUCCUGGCUAACACGGUGAAACCCCGUCUCUACUAAAAAUACAAAAAAUUAGCGGGGUGUGGUGGCGGGCACCUGUAGUCCCAGCUACUCGGCAGGCUGAGGCAGGAGAAUGGCGUGAACCUGGGAGGCAGAGCUUGCAGUGAGCCGAGAUGGCUCCACUGCACUCUAGCCUGGGAGACAGAGUGAAACUGCAUCUCAAAUAAAUAAAUAAAUAAAUAAAUAAAUUAUGGAUACCCCAUUCUCCAUUAUGUGCUUAUUUCACAUUGCAUGCCUGUAUCAAAACAUCUCAUGUACCUUAUAAAUAUAUAUACCUACAGUGUACCCACAAAAAUUAAAAAAUUAAAAAUAAAUAACUUACGUAAUCAUACAGUGUUUCACAACUUGAAGUCAACUUCACAGGGGUCUUACUGUGUUGCCUAGGCUGAUCUCAAACUCCUGCCUCAAACUAUCCACCCAUUUUGGCUUCCCAAAGUGCUGGGAUUACAGGCAUGAGCCACUGCACCUGGCCUUAAUAUUCUUUAUCAUGAAUAUAAUCUGUAUUCUUAUGUGAAUGCAAAAUAAUAAAUGGGAAGCUCUGGAGAAAUAAUUUGUCUUUUAUCUUUGAUACUCAAAAUCACUUAGUAAGAAAUUUUCCUGAAUGGUCAUCAGUAUAAAUUCCUCCAGAGGCAUUUGUUUAUUCCUCAGUCUAGUUUUGAAAUGAAACCAGAAGGUAAAUAAUACACAGCUAUAAAGAAGUGAAGCUGGUCUGACUCCAGAGUCUGCAUUCUUUACCAUUAUACCACCUCACACUUCUAACAGCCUUGAAGAAAUAUUUUUACAUAUAUUACCUUUUGAUUCGCGUAGUCACCCUAUGAAGUUGUCAGGACCAGUUAUUCCCGUUUUGCUGACAGGAAGUUGAGACAGUUAAAAACAAAAUAUGUACAUACAUACCCAAUGCUAGGAAGCAAAUUAAUAAAUACUAGGGCUCUGUAUCCCAGUCCACUGUUCUUUCCACUAGAUGUCCAUGGACUUCAAUAUCAGAAGCCCCCAGAUUAAGAUGAUCUGGCUCCUAUGUAAACUUUAUCUUAGCCGGGAGCGGUGGCUCAAGCCUGUAAUCCCAGCACUUUGGGAGGCCGAGUCGGGCGGAUCACGAGGUCAGGAGAUCGAGACCAUCCUGGCUAACACGGUAAAACCCCGUCUCUACUAAAAAUACAAAAAAAAUUAGCCGGGCGCGGUGGCAGGUGCCUGUAGUCCCAGCUAUUCGGGAGGCUGAGGCAGGAGAAUGGCGUGAACCCGGGAGGCGGAGCUUGCAGUGAGCCGAGAUCGCGCCACUGCACUCUAGCCUGGGCGACAGAGUGAGACUCCGUCUCAAAAAAAAAAAAAAAAAAAAAACUUUAUCUUAAAGCAAUUGUUUUCCCUUUCAGGAGUUGCACAGGGAAGAAAAUUAUCUCUUACAAGCCCUCAGAAGUGCUUCCUUCUUAAGCUUUUAGCCUCCAACUCUGAGAAAAAUGGUUACAUUUUCAGCAAUUGUUCCAAGUGUCAUGAAUUCACAACUGAACGCAGAGUUUUUAAAAAUUACCUAGCUUACCUACUAGUUAUCUGCGUAGGAAAACAACUUACUUAGAUGCUAUCUUUAAUCAUAAGCAUGAACAAGAUCAUUGUUUACUAUCUUUCUUCAAUAGGUUUAGACUCUUUUUACUCAAAGUGGUCAGAAGAUCGGCAGCCCUGGCAUCACCCCAGACCAACUGAAUCAGAAUCUGCAUUUUAACAAGAUCCGCAGUUGAUUGUUAUAUACCUUAAACCUUGGAAAACACUGCUCUGCCCUAUUUUCCAGAUUUCCCCAUGAAAAACCUCACAAAUAUACUGUUUUUAAUUGCUAAAAGUAUGUGAACUAUUGAACAAAAUCUCUUAGGUUGGUUAAAGAACAAACAAAUUGUUCUAUUUCAUGAAACUUUUUUGAGGCACAGGGAGAAAAAGUUUAUCAAGUUAGUUCCCAAUUACAAACGUGCCUAGCACUAAAACCUAUUGUGAACAAUUUGGAAUUUACAUCUUUAUCGUUUUUUCUAAAGCUUAUAAAAUGUCUUCAGAUGUUCUCCAUUAAUCAUUACAACUCUGUGAAUUAGUUAUUGUCUGUUUUCUACAGAUAAAGAGGCUAAGAAAGGUAAAGAUUUAUUCAAUUAGAAAGUAAUAAGCCACAGUGAGAACUGGUUUAAGUUCAGUGGAUUCCAGGUCAGUGUUCUGCAGUCCAGAUCAAACAAUUCAGCAGCAUCUAUAAAUUCCUAGAACAUAGGCUGUGAGCAACUGAAGACACGUAAAAAAAGUUGAGUGCCUAUUGUAUGCACAAUACUGUGCAAAAUGCAGUAAUAUCUUGCUAAAUUUUGAAAGCAAUGUGAAUUGGGCAUUUCAAAGCCAUGAAGGAGGGGUACCAAAUAACUUGGUUUCUCUUGCCAUUUAAAGUGGAUUUUUCCUCCCAGAAUCAUGAGAGUGUAUACAUUUCACCUACUGAGUGAACACUGAUAAGUAGCACAGGAAGUUGAACUUAUGUUUUAUUUAAUCAGUUACUAACUAGAAUAAAGUGAUUGGUUUAUGA